CUUCCUGCGCCCAUGCAUGGUUGAAUAAUAUUAGAUGCUCAAAUGGCUCUUGACCCUCCAAACAAUUUGGCAUAAGAUACAUCUCCCCUUCUCACCCAACCCUCCAAGCAACAUUGACCGCAAAGGGCCAUCCGCUGCGGUCAGUGUAGGUUUCUGAAUCAUAGCUUGGCGAUGCCUGAGGCUAGACAAAUACUGAGCUAGCCUUCAGAAAAAAAAGAAAAGAAAGAGAUUGAGAAGCAGGGAGAAAAAAUGGCACUGGCCCAUUGAGGAAGCUUGAGAACCAGUUAACAAGAAUUGCCAACAUAUUCUUGGACAAUCUUGUUAACAGAGUUUUAAGGUUUCCCAGCAGACAUUUUUCGAGUCCAGGAAGAGCGCGUGCAACCACCACAUUCAUAUAAUUAAUAAGCAAGGUUUAGAGAAGAGGCAACAUGGGCACAAAGAUGAAGAAGGGGAUCCUGAAGCCGUUCCGCUAUAUCUCAACCAUCAUGGAUGGUAAGGAGGCUGAAAUGCAAAUUGGGUUCCCGACGGAUGUAAAACACGUGGCACAUAUUGGUUGGGAUGGUCCUGGCUCCACGAACAACAACAACAAUAACAACAGCAACAACAAUAGUGGCGGAGCACCUAGCUGGAUGAAGGAUUACCACUCGGCACCGCUUGACUCGUCCUCUUUUAGGAGUGAGAGUGGGGGCACGGCUGCUGCAAAUCCCUGGGCUUCUCAAGAGAUAGUCAUGGAUGGAGCAAGCGUCGGAGAAACCUCCUUCAGGGACACGAAAAGCGAGGCAGGCGUCGACGUCGGCGGGGGCGACUCCCCACCGUCCCCCGCCACCCGCCGGUCGAGACGGCACCGCUCUCGGGGCUCCGGCACCUCAUCCAUGGACGCCACCGGCGGCGAGGGCGAGGAGAAGACUAAGGAGAAGAGCAAGAAGGGCACCCGAAAGAACCGCAAGAAGCAGGACAAGUCGGCCGGCGACGACGCCUCGGGCACAUGCCAGGACCUCCCCGCCGUUCCCAAGAAGUCCAACCGCCGGAAAAACAAGGGAAGCUCCGAGGGGAGCGGUAGCGCCGCGGCCAAGGACACCACCGCGGCCGCGCCGGAGGAGGUGGCGGCGUCGGCGUCGGCGACCGCACCCGCCGUGGACGACGACUAGGGAUAUAUAAUCCAAGUUGCUGCGGCCUCGUAUAAGAACUUUUGGAGAUGAAAUUAACAUGCCGAAAGGUACUUAAUCAUAUGGUAUUCAGAAGGGCACGUGCAAUGGGGAGUUCAAGGUCACGUACAUUAGCAUUCUCAGGAGUGGGUGUGCACGCACAAAUGCCAUUUUUUUCUCUCUGUUUCUUUCUCUAAUAUUGAUCCGCUUUUUUGUGGACAUGUUAUCUCGUUCAAGAUUUCGUAUAUAAACUAAUACUUUGGGCGGGAUAUAUAAAUCUGUCUCACUCAUUUAUAUCAUAUGUAUUAUAUAUGCGUUUUUGUUAUGCAAUA